AUGCAAAGAAAAAAUAAUAUCUCAAACUUUCUGUCUAUUUUUAGAUUAAAUCUGAGUGGGAACAGUGGUGCCACCUUCAGUAGUGAUCUUCACGUAACGGCCGAACUUAAUUUGAACCUGGCUGAUAAAGGCGAAACAUACGUCAGUCAUAUUACAAUGGACAUUAAUGAAGUUGAAAGCAACGUUACAUAUUCGUGGACCGAGAGGAAAGGUGUAGACAAUGAAGAUUAUAUUCUAUUAGGACCUCCAAAAAUUGUCGUCAGGAACAGCCGUACACCGACAUACUUUUUGCAACAAAGUACGUAUUUACAAUUUCUAUUACCGCAUUGACCAAUGGUCAGUAAGUUCGGCCAGUGAUUAUGAAU